AUGUCGUCCCACGCGCUCUCUGACGACCAGGUCGCCGCCGAGCUCAAAAAAAUGACAGCCUUCAUCCGGCAAGAAGCUCUCGAGAAGGCCCGGGAAAUCCAACUGAAGGCGGACGAAGAGUUCGCAAUCGAGAAGUCGAAGCUGGUCCGCGAAGAGAUCGCCGCGAUUGACAGUCAAUACGAGAAAAAGUUCAAACAGGCAUCCAUGUCCCAGCAGAUCACCCGCUCCACCAUGGCCAACAAGACUAGAAUAAAGGUCCUCUCCGCCCGUCAGGAGCUGCUGGACAAGCUGUUCGAGGAGGCGAGGAAGAAGCUGGCGAGUGCGGGGGCCAAGAGCAAGAACUACGACGAAGUGCUGAAGGGGUUGAUUCUGGAGGGCUUGUACCUGCUCUGUGAAAAGAAAGUGACCUUGAGAUGUCGGAAGACAGACAAAGACAAGGUGCAGAGUGCCGCGAAGAAGGCCGAGGCCGAGUACAAGGAGAAGAUGGGCAGUGAGGUCCAGGCCGUGGUGGACGAGAAGGAAUGGUUACCAGAGGAAUCGGCCGGCGGUGUCUUCAUCGUUGGCGGUGGCGGCAAGAUCGAAUUGAACAACACUCUCGAAGAGAGACUGCACCUACUCGAGACCGAGGCCCUUCCCAGCAUCAGGGCGACACUGUUUGGCGAGAACGAGAACAGAAAGUUCCAUGACUGA